CAGCGGUUUAUGAAAACUCGAGACUCCGUUCUUCAUAUAUUUUGUCAGCCAGUGAUGAUAUAACUUAUUUAUCAAGUGCGAAUUCAUGUACUUGGCUUCAAGCUACACUUAAUGUGAAUGCUGGUAAGGCUACCUGGCUCCCAAAACUGAAGCAGAUGGUAUUAGAACCUAGUUGUUGCACUUCGGACAUAUAAAUCAUUAAACCACAAAUCUAAAUAAUGUAAUAUACUAAGUUCAUUUGUACUACGUCACAACGGUGAAUAUUAUGUGAUCUUAUUCACUAUCGUAUAAUUUCAUCGAAUUAUUUUCUGAUUCUUGUAGUUGUCUGUUGCUAAAUGACCAAGCAAUUUUUAUACCCAUUACUAUAUUUUUGUGGGAUAUCUAAAUCAAUGCUUCUUUGUUCAGGCGGCAUUGGAUUGCAUCUGUUACCGAUCCUCGUGUGUGUUCUCACCUUUGUUGCAGUCACGACUUGUUAUUUCCUCUCUCUUACACAAGACCACAUAUCACCGUAUUUUCCGUACAUCAGUGAUGCUGGUUCAAAGAUCCCAGAAAGUUGUAUUUUCGGUCAAUUAUUAAAUAUUGUUUCAGUUUUGGCAGGUUUAUGCUUCUACUCAUGGCAUAAACAUUUGCUAGAUUGUAGCCAGAAAUUUAAUCAACAAUGUUAUCGUCAAAUUAGAUUGGCUAGAGUUGCUUUAUGUUUUGGUCUUAUAUGUGCAGUUGGUAUGAGUAUAGUAGCCAACUUUCAAGAAACAGCUGUUUGGUCUAUGCAUCUCCUCGGUGCAGGUCUACUUUUUGGUGGUGGUUCGGCGUAUACACUUGCUGUUACAUAUAUUACAUAUAAAUAUCUUGGACAUAGUCGAAUUCGGAUUACUCGUUUGGUACUGACAUUCAUUUCUGUUUCUUCAUUUUUAUUACAACCAACAACUGGAUUAGUCGCACGUUUCAUGUAUGAUGGUGAUAAUAUUAGAAAAUGGAAACCAACUGAUCAAGGUUAUUCGUUUCAUGUAGUAAGUAGUAUGUCGGAAUGGAUUACAGCUUUAUCAUUUAUAUGCUUUAUUUUUACACUGGUAUGGGAAUUGAAAGAUUACAAACUACAUGAAAUAAAGGUUCCUCAAGAAAUACCCUUCCACGGUGUGGGCAGCCGGGAAGUGACAUCAGCCCUCGUACCCGUAAAAGCUGACUGGGUUGGAGAAUGCUGGUCGGCGGCCUAUGCUCCAUUGGGAGUAACAGGCGUAAGUGAGUAAGUACCAGGGACGCUCUAGGUGUAAAAUAUUUUCAGUUAGGGAGGUUUAACGAGUGGAAUCGUGUCGAUAGCGAUCAAACUCUUAAUGUUCCUAUAAGUUCACUAGUAGGAUGGGAUAUACUUAAAGGUCUAAGAAAAUUCAGACCAUAGAUACAGCAAACAAUUGAUAGUGAUUUUAUUUCAUGGACAGAUUGCGGCAAAUUAUUCGACUCACAAAAAUUGAAUGAUAAACAGCUACGCAGUUCAUUACUGUUUCAGCAUAUUGAAUUGCACUAGUGGAUGUGUAAAAAAUUUAUUCAGUAUUUUAAAGAAAAAGAUUAGUUAAAGUCUCCGCUUCCAUGAAGUGUCGAUUACAAGCUUAUUGUACAAGGAUUUAUAGUUUAAAGUACAAUCAUUUAAGAUAAUUUCCUAAUUGAGUCGAUACAAAAUAUAUUAGACAUCCAUUUUAACACAAGCGAACUUUUUUCAUCUUGGAACUCAAUUAACUUUCUCAAAAAAGUUUUAACCAACCAGUGUCUUGUUGUUUGAAAUAACUACAAGUGACAGAGAAAAAAAUGACUUAAUGUAUUAAAAAACCAUAUGAAAGCUUUUUUCAAAAACAAAAAAAAAGAAGACCGUCGAAAUGAAACUUUGAUUAGAUUAUUUGAAUUCGAUUAUCAAACCGUUAUUCUAUUAUAAAGUUGGAUAAAUUAUAAUUAACUAGAUUGUAUCAGUUAGCUAUUAUAAUAGUGCUUGUGUGGUAUAUAAUUUACGUGUCAGUCGUAUUGAAAUUUGUUUUUUAUUCAUCUUUAUAGAUUGUUCAUCGAUGGAGUAUAAUAAGUGAUGAUAAUUAUGGUAAUAAUAAUGAUGACAAUAUGCUUUCCUAGAAUUUUUUUUCUAGAUUUAAGCUACCUUUAAAUAGGAGAUGAAUUUCGGAUCACAUCUCUUAUCUAUCCACUGUUCUUUUUCAUAUUUAAGAUUUCUUCAUUGAAGUAGAAGAUCAUUUAUAACCAACUUUUUAUGAAAUUAUAUUUGCAUAGUUAACUAAUCCUUUUUUUAAUUAAAAGAAAUCGUGUAUACUUGUCAUUUUGUUUUAACUGAAAUAAUUUAUUACAGAUUUGGUUCAUGAAAUCAUCAUAUAAACUGUAACUAUCUCAUUAUAAUUUCAUGAUGUAAGUAAAAGAAAAAUUAAUUUUAUCAA